AUGCAGUUCGAAAUGAAGCCUGACAUAUUACUGCCUUUUUCAUUUUACCGUAAGAACCAGCUUUGUGUAUUUCAAGUUGUUGUCGUAAACUGCAAAUUUCCUGCUGUCGUUGGGAUUUCGUCCUCAGACAAUGUUGAGAUCUCUGAUGAGAUGUUAUCCAAGUUCGGUCCAGACUUGCCUCGAAGAUUGACCGUUCAACUACCAACCCGUGUGAUUCCGGCCAAGUCAUUGAGACUACAGAUUAUGACUCCGAUGGACCCGGUUCUUUUGCCUCUUUUGGAAAGUAGUCUGCAUUACAGGUUGCAGAUGUCACACACCAUGGUUGGAACAAAGCAGACUAUUCGAGCGCUUGGAGAUUACUUCAGUUUGCUAAUCGUCGAGGCCAUUUCAGUAUAUGAAGAAGCGUUCUCCAUUCAAAACACCAGGCAAACAAUUCUAAAGGAGGAUUAUGACUUUCAUCCACAUCUCAGCGACCUAAGUUUUCCCUCUGAGUCAUUCAACAACAGUGAUAAUCUUUGGUCAUGUGAACUUAUUCAGACACUCACUGAUCAACCUGUUUUUAAAAUUGGUUCUUCUACCAAGUUGAUCUUGGUCCAAGCUGAAGCUCCACUUAAUUUGUCAUUUGGGUUUGGAGGCUCUAAAAUUUCCAAGUUGAUACCAAAAGGCAAUUACAUGAAUAGUUACUUGUUUGGGUUGGACACGGUUAGAGAUAUGAUUCUUGGCUAUCUCAGAAACUUCCUAUUAACAUGUGUUCAUGGAAAUGAAACUGUUUUUUCUUCCAAUAUAACGCCUGGGAUUAUCCUUUAUGGACUCCCUGGCUGUGGAAAACGUACAUUUCUUGAGGAUAUUGCCAAUGACCAAAUCCACUCAAUUUCAACAAAUGGGUCCUCGUAUGAAAAGCCUGUAUUCGUUACACUUACAUCUAAAUUGGUCACCGAGUUAACUAAUAAAUCUCAUCAUCAUGGCUAUCGCUGGCUGACGAACAUGGUUGGGCAAUUAGAUGUCAGUAAUAGAAACUGUAUUCCUGUAGUUAUUUUAUGGCCUAACAUCGACAAGUGGAUCGAUAACGAUGAAAAUAUAGAUACUAAUACUCAUUCUACAGCUGAUACGGAUGCUGAAUCAAAAAUGAUUCCCAACAUUUUAGAAAGGUUUAUCGAAUCAAUCCAAUCGGUUAGCCAGAGUUUGGUUCACAGUCAAAAGUCAACAUGUCGAUUUUGCAUCCUAGCAACAGCCACUACGAUUGACAAAGUUUUUAGUGUUCAUGAAUGCAGGGAACUAUUUUAUAGACGUUUGUUAAUAUCACUCCCCGAUGCAAGUAAACGUUAUCAGAUAUUGUAUCACAAUAUCCAAGCGUGUUUGAGUCAUGGGACUAAUUCCAUGUCUAGUAGUGAAUCUCCUGACGGUUCCAUUGUGAAUAUUCAGUCGUGCGAGAUAACAGAUGAAAAUGAAAGUCUUAUUCAGGUUGCGGCUCGACUACAUGGUUAUACGCCCAAGGAUUUGGUUCGCUUGGUUCAUGUCAGCUACGCAACCUUCCUAUCCAAACAGAACGACAGUUCAAAAGAUUUUCCCAGAACCAGAAACUUUCAUCAAUCAUUGAAUUUGUUCUGUGAAAUUUUGAUGAAUGAAUCUUAUUCAUAUUUGCCGAUAAAUCUUUCUCAACAUAUAACCUCAGUGGAACCGUUAAGGUGGACUGAUAUUGGUGGAUAUCGUGAACUGAAGCUCAUAUUCAAAACUAUGAUACAGGAUCGUUUGGUUAGUGCUGCCAAACCCAAUAGCGUAGAUGCACAAGCGGACGCUGCUCUGCGUCUUCGUGUACCUCGUGGGAUAUUACUUCAUGGUUGUUCCAAAACUAUGUUUGUGCGAGCUUUGGCUACUGAAUGUCAACUCCCGCUAAUCGCAGUUCAGGCAUCUAGAAUAUUUGGUCGUUAUGUUGGUGACAGUGAACGUAACAUGCGAAGAAUUCUUGUACAUGCUCGUGCUUCUGCUCCUGCUAUUUUAUUUAUUGAUGAAAUUGAUUUGUUGCUUCCUUCCCGAAAUUCAGGAGAAACAAGUGCAAGUGAACAUGUCUUAGGUGAAGUCCUAAUGGCUAUGGACGGAGUUGAAGGUCAAAAUGGACAAGUAAUUCUCGUAGCAGCAACUAACAGGAUGGAUAAUUUAGAUUCUGCAUUAAGUCGCGCUGGUCGUUUUGAUUUAGUCAUUGAAGUAUCACCACCUGAUGCAGAAGCUCGGACAGAUAUUCUACGUUUAGAAUUAUCAAAACGUGCACUAAAAGAUAAAUCAUUAUUAAAUUCUAAAUGGUUAAAUGUAUUCGCUACAAAUCAAUUGAAUAAUUAUACAGGAGCAGAAGUUGUCCAAGUAGUUCAACAUGCUGCUCAAAGUGCUCGUCAAGAUAAUUCUAAUCAAAUAUCUAAAAAACAUCUUCUACAUGCUCAAAUUCUUUUGCCUCCUCGUUCACUUUCAAAUUAUUUCUCUCAAAGAAAAAUAAUAAACAACCAGGUGACUAUGUCAACCAAUAAUAAUUUGUUAUCAAUUCGUCAUAAAAUUUUAAUUUUUCCAGUUUUAAUUCUAUGUAUUGCUAUUACUUUUCAACUGGUUUAUAUCAACAAUAUAUCUAAAGUUAUAUGA